GCAGGGCGGGGGGGUGGGGGGGGAAGAACGGAGCCAACUUGUCCCGGAUCCCUUUAUUCGCCGCCGUCUCCCAACCCCCGCGUGUUUUGCUGAUUAAAGAGACGGACCUUGGUCCUGCCACCGCCACCGCCGGGUGGCCGCCCGGCCGCCCCGCUCCUUCCUGCCCGCACCAUGGAGUUCACCCAGAGGAAGAGAAGCAGGAAAUCCCAAAGCUUUAAACUGAUCAACGAAGGAGAUGAAAGCCGGGAAAUUAAAAAACAAGUUACAGGGAUGAGAAGAUUACUGAAUGACAGCACUGGAAGAAUCUAUCAACGAGUUGGCAAAGAAGGAGAAAAACUGAAGGAGGAGCCCCAAGAUUUAGACUUAGCCUGGGCCCAGCGCCUGAAUCCCCCUGCAGAGUCCCAGGCGAGCCUUCAUCCUUCACAGAGCGGUGCAUGGAAUGAAUUAUCACCCCAAGCUAGCCAUUUUUCAGGGCAAUACGGAACUCGAUCGAAAACGUUCCAAAAUCAAACGCGAACCGUGACAUCCAAUGGAGAAAUCCCAAUGGUGAAUUCAUCAAUUGGACCAAACUGCUGUACGUGUAAUUGCCAGUCAACCCUACAGGCUAUUCUUCAAGAGCUCAAGACCAUGCGAAAAUUGAUGCAGAUUCAAGCAGUUGGGACUCAAAACAGACAGCAGCCUCCUGUUCCUCUGAUUUGUGCGCAAAAGUCAACAAUAUCAAGAAAGAGAAAUAAAAAGAAAAAACUGCCCCUCAAAACUGUUGAACCAAUUACCAUGAAUAAGAAACCCAACUCCACAGAGAAUGAAAAGAAGCUAUCAGCAAACUCGGAACGAUCGAGUCUGCAAGCAGUUGAACCCUCCCUAAAACCAGAAACCCCUGUUUCAGGAUUUGGAAUUAUCCUUGAAUCGGCUUCAUCAGAUCCAGAAGUGCAACUUGCAGAAGGCUUUGACGUCUUCAUGCCGAAAUCUCAGCUGGACUCUAUAUUAUCAAACUAUACUCGCUCAGGAAGUCUGCUUUUUAGGAAGCUGGUCUGUGCAUUUUUUGAUGACAAGACUUUGGCUAACUCUUUACCAAAUGGCAAAAGGAAAAGAGGGCUCAAUGACAACCGGAAAGGACUAGACCAAAAUAUUGUGGGUGCAAUAAAAGUCUUUACAGAAAAAUACUGCACUGCUAACCAUGUGGAUAAACUUCCUGGUCCUAGGGACUGGGUCCAGAUUCUUCAGGAUCAAAUUAAACUUGCAAGACGACGAUUAAAAAGAGGCUCAGCCCUGAGCAUACAGGUACUUCUGUCCGAGGAGCAGACCAGCAGGUGGACACUUGACAGACAAACAUGUAUAUCAGAAGCUCAACAAUUUUUGGAAGGGGGGGAGGAAUUUCUAAGGAAACGACUACCAGGAUUGUUUUGCAAAAGCUACUGAGCUCUGUCUAAGCAAAGGACAGAAAAGAGGCUCCAAAUUCCCACAGUAGGAUCUAUUCCUGCUUGCCCUAUCUUGCAAGCUGGCACAAGACAAAGUUUGGCUGGCAGUCUCUGGGUGCGGUUGUCAAAGGCAAACCUUCUUUCCUGCUUGGAAUGACAUGUGAGAAGCUGGUGGUUUACAUCCAUGUUAGGAGGUCGAGGUGUUUGUCAUGCCUUUGCGUCAUACUUCACCUGGAGCUGCGGUUACGCAUCCAGUUUCAUAAAACAAAUUCAGGCAGCUUCGGAGAAGAGUGAGUAGGCUCUCCGGGCAUCUGCCAUGCUCUCGCUCCCUUUCUGAUGCUGGCGCAAGCAUUCAUGUGGCGAUGUUGUCAGUUUUUAACUAGACCUGAUCUUGGUGACCGUAUAAAUUUUUGUGCUGGCAUGAGGAAUGGGACUGAAACAAUUGGUGGAGAGCCUGGACCUCAUCUGUCAGUCUUGCCCCAGAUUAAAAUGGCCAGGUAACUUUGUUACCAGCAAAGCUGGGUCUGCAAAGUUGGAGGCUCAAGUCCUUAUCUUCUGAAAGUGAGGUAAUUCCUAGCCUCCAUUUGUUUCUUUCUGUAUUACUCCCUUCCUCCGAGUUCAGUUUUAACCAGGUGUAAGAAGAGCAGCUGGGCAGAAAGGUAACUGCAUCUCUAGAGCUACUUCAAGAGUUGCUGCUAAGAUUUCCAGAAAACCUAUCACUUGCGUGGACAGCCUUGUUGGCACCAACCCUGGUAUUGAUGGAGGGAAGACUUUCCAGCCCAUUGUGCCAGCACUCAGAUCUGUUUUCCCCCAUUUUCAUAGCCUGGGUCCGUUCAACCCAAGGGGCGAGUUACAGCUUUGUCUCUUGUAUGCUGAGUAGCUGUGCCGCAGAAUCACUUGGUGCAUGUAGUUCUUCAUAACAUAGCUAGAAGUUGGCCUCAGACUGUCACUCCAGAUUUUUUUAAGCUGUGCAUAUCCUGUUGGCUGUUUCUCAGCUGCUCGUUUCACCGUGCUGUCUCCUCCCUGGCACAUCCAGUCCUUCCAUCGCUGGGAGUCCUGUCCAGAUUCAAACCAGGCUAGGUGACCUCUUCCCAUUUAUUGAACUACCCGUUCCUUCCAAAAUUCAAGAUUUUCACAGUAAGCUGUACCAAGCACUUAAUUUGUUUCUGCCCUGUGUGCCACCUUCUCACAGAAAGCGGAAAAAGGUAUUGAUUCAAGGCAUGGAGUCACUUGCAGGUCUGUGUCGUGUACUUGUCAGGGCUCUUCAUUUAAACCUUCUGUGGGAGGAAAGCUGCUUAGUAGUAGGGUUUUUAGUUUGUUUCUGUUUUCUUUAGUUCAAUUAAUUUUGCAGAACUGAGUAGAGAACAUAUAGCUAAAAACUAAACUGACAUCCAUGCAUGUGGGAGAGAGAGCAGCCUCUUGGUCCACGGAUGGGUAGCCAAGGGUUGAUGGAUCUAUGUUAGGAAACCAACGUAGAUCAGGAGCCGGAUUAGUUCUUCUUACAAUGUCAUCAUAAAGGCAACAACUCAACAUCCUUGUGUGUAGAGCCAUGAUAAAGAUGACCAGGCCAGUUAGCUUAGUUUCAAGUGGGAGCUGAAGCAAGUUGCUCAGUGCAUCUGUAGCCUCGGUCAGAUUCGACCCCUGUGGGUAUUGUGCAGUGCAUGGAUGUGAGUAGAUGUAUGUCCACCACUCUGACCGCCAAUGUAAUGGGCUAGUCCUUUAUGACCACACCUAGUUUGCUGAAGUGCUCUUAAAGAUCUUCUUUUAAAGGCCUUAAAUAUCAUGCUGAAGUGCCAAAAGGCAAAGGUAAUAGGAUUUUGAAUAGGGCCUGUGUAGGUUAGGCACCGAUUUCCUCUUACACGCCUAUAACUUACUCGGGGUUCACGUGCACACUCCAGGGUACUACGGUCUAACAAGUCACUGCACAUCUGCUGAGCCAAAUUAGCUAUCUUUAUGCAUACCCUUGGCCUGUGGCAAAUAAGAGAUGAACAAAUUAGGCUUUUAGCCUUCCUUCACCGUGGGCUAAAUUAAGUCAAAUGAUCUUGCAUAAGCUGUGGGUUGAAAGCACGUGUGUAUACAUACACUGUAAUUGCCUGUGUACCUGCGUGGUUACAUGCUUUUUUAAUUACGCUGGGUGCCCACCUGCAUCUUGGAAGACAUUUUGCCCUACUAAAUCUGCCCCCCGCCAAAUGAGUUUGCCUGUGGUCCCGGGAAGUUUGGGUGCAGAAGUGGGGGUAUUCACCCUUUCCCCGUAGGCGUCAGAUGAUGGCAGCAGCUGCUGGAGGGUGGAGUACCAGCCUGAGAGGCUCUUCCUCCAAGGACCGCUGGGGACUUUUCUUACAUGAUUUUAUCAAAUAAUCACAACUCCUUUUAUCAUCCGGAUAUCCUGAAACCUUAAAAAGAGCAAGUGUUACUCCAUCCCAUUGCUGGCACAACUGCUUUUUAAUACCCAACACGCUCUUCUAAGUUUGCAUUUUUAUUAUAUGACCUUUCCCUCCAAGCAGUGAGUUUUUAACUGAGCAAUAGCAAAUUGCAGCUGAGGAAAGUAGAUAGAAAAUGCAAAAUCACUCUACAGUAUGUAGCUUUUUAAUCGCAUUCCCAUAUUC